AGGAUUCUUACUAGUAUUGGGUUGUUUUAACACACUGUAUUGUUGUUUGUUUUUAUUCAAUAACUUUGCUGUGCAUGUCUAAAGCUACAUGUGUAUUUUUAUCUUCCUGUAAUGAACUGUGUAACGUGAUCCAAGUGAGCAGCUGCAGACAGGGAGGGACUUUGAAAGUGAAAGUAAGAAGUCAAACUGCGAGACUCCAUUUUACACCUCGAUGGAGCAGGAGAAAGAGAACACGGGGAACUAGUUCAUCUAUCAGAAUGGAGAACAUGAGAGAAUACAAUGAUGAUGAGGAGGACACAUCUUCAGUCUCCAGCUGUCUGUCUCUGAAGAGUGACCGGUCCACAAUCACACCUCCACUCUUCAGUAAUGAACCUGGACCCUCAGACAGGAAACAGAGAGCAGAUUCUCCAGUCUCCAGCUGUCUGUCUCUGAAGAGUGACGGGUCCAAAAUCACACCUCCACACUUCAGUAAUGAACCUGGACCCUCAGACAGGAAAGGGAAGAGGAAGAGUCCUGUUCCUGUGGAGGAGCAGCUGUCCAGCUGUGCUCUGUGUCAGGACGUCCUGAAGGAUCCAGUCUCUACCAGCUGUGGACACUGGUUCUGCAGACAGUGCAUCACCUCAUACUGGGAGCAGCGAGCUCCAUCAGGAGACUCCUCCUGUCCCCAGUGUGGAAAAAGAUCCAGAACCAGAGCUGGACUGCAGACAGCCAGUCAGACCAGAGCUGUACAGAAUGGUGGUCUGCAGCAGGUUUUAGAGGACCAUAGGAUCAGUCUGAGGAGGAGAUGUGAACGUGUGACUGAAGGAACUGAUGAAAGUGAAACCCUCCUCAACAGGAUCUUCACUGAGCUCUACAUCACACAAGGACGGAGUGAAGAGGUUAAUACCCAACAUGAGGUGAGGCAGCUGGAGACGGCUUUCAAGAAGAAGACCCUCAAUGAAACUCGACUCAAGUGCCAGGAUAUCUUUAAAGCCUUACCUGACCAACAGACACACAUCAGAGUGGUCCUGACCAACGGCGUCGCUGGCGUUGGAAAAACCUUCUCAGUGCAGAAGUUCAUUCUGGACUGGGCCGAGGGUUUGGAGAACCAAGAUGUCAGUCUAGUGAUCCCGCUCUCCUUCAGGGAGCUGAACCUGAUCAAAGCUGAGCAGUACAGUCUUCUCAGGCUGCUCCAUGUUUUCCAUCCAGCCUUACAGAAGGUCACAGCAGAGCAGCUGUCUGUCUGUAAAGUGCUGUUCAUCUUUGACGGCCUGGAUGAAAGCAGACUCUCUCUGGAUUUCAGAAACAGUGAGGUUGUGUCUGAUGUCUCACAGCAGUCCUCAGUCGACGUUCUGCUGACAAACCUCAUCAGGGGGAAGCUGCUUCCCCCGGCUCUCAUCUGGAUCACUUCCCGACCUGCAGCGGCCAAUCAGAUCCCUCCUGAGUGUGUGGACAGGGUGACAGAAGUACGAGGCUUCACUGACGCUCAGAAGGAGGAGUACUUCAGGAGGAGAUCCAGAGAUGAAGAACAGUCCAGCAGAAUCAUCUCUCACAUGAAGAGCUCCAGGAGCCUCCACAUCAUGUGUCUGAUCCCAGUCUUCUGCUGGAUCACUGCUGCAGUUGUGGACCACAUGUUGACUACAGACCAGAGAGGAGAGCUGCCCAAGACCCUCACUGACAUGUACUCACACUUCCUGCUGGUCCUGACAAAGAGGAAGAAGCAGAAGUACCAUGAGGGACAUGAGACGAGCCCACAGCAGCUGACGGAGGCUGACAGGGAGGUUCUUCUGAAGCUGGGGAGGCUGGCGUUUGAACAUCUGGAGAAAGGAGACAUCAUGUUCUAUCAAGAAGACCUGGAGCGCUGUGGUCUUGAUGUCACUGAGGCCUUGGUGCACUCAGGAGUUUGUACAGAGAUCUUCAAAAGAGAGAGCGUGAUCUUCCAGAAAACAGUCUACUGCUUUGUUCAUCUGAGCGUUCAGGAGUUCCUGGCUGCAGUCUACAUGCUGCACUGCUACACCAACAGAGACACAGCGGUACUGAAGGACUUCCUGCAAAGAGACUAUAACGACAGUUAUAGCAGUGAUCAGGAUUACCCAUCCCUGGACGUCUUCCUAAAGAGAGCCAUGGAGAAAUCUUUCAAAAGUAAAAAUGGCCACCUGGACCUGUUUGUCCGCUUUCUCCACGGCCUCUCUCUGGAGUCCAACCAGAGACUCUUAGGAGGCCUGCUGGGUCGCACAGACACCCGUCCAGAAGUCACCCAGAGAGCCAUCAGCAACCUGAAGGAGAUAAGAAGUUCUAACAUUUCUGACAACAGGAGCAUCAACAUCUUCCACUGUCUGACAGAGAUGAACGAUCACUCAGUACAUCAGGAGAUCACAGAGUUCCUGAAGUCAGAGAACAGAUCAAAGAGACUCUCUGUGAAACACCCCUCAGCUCUGGCCUACAGGCUGCAGAUGUCAGAGGAGGUUCUGGAUGAGUUGGACCUGGAGAAGGACAACACAUCAGAGGAGGGACGACAGAGACUGAUUCCAGCUGUGAGGAGCUGCAGAGAGGCUGUAAUUCCUGACUGUGGAUUCCUAGACUGGGAAGUCGUGGCCUCAGCUCUGAAGUCUGGCCCCUCCUCUCUGAGAGAGCUGGAGCUGACGGACAGAGGUCUGGAGGAUUCAGUCGUGGAGGUGCUGAGUUCUGGACUAAAGAGUCCAAACUGCAGACUGGAGACCCUGAGACUGAUGUUCUGCAGUCUGACAGAGAUCAGCUGUGCUUCUCUGAUCUCAGCUCUGAAGUCCAACCCCUCCCAUCUGAGAGAGCUGGAGCUGAGUGAGAACGCUCUGCAGGAUUCAGGAGUGGAGCUGCUGAGAGGUCUUCUGGAGAAUCCACUCUGCAGACUGCAGACUCUCAGGUCAGUUCUCCAUCUCUUACUUCUGUGCUGAGAUGAAUAUGAGAGA